CCACGCGGAGCCUUCCUUAGCUUCUUGGGUGAUUGGUGACUGCGGACACAAACACGGCCGGUCCAGAGAUGUGCGAUUUCGACAGGACACUGUCGUCUUUCUCUCUGUCACAGCUAAAUGAGUUGCUGGAGGACGAUGGGAAGCUCUAUAAAAUUGUCACGGAGCUGGAGGAGGUGCAGCAGGUCCAGCAGGCGAAGGAGGUAACCCUGGCCAGCAACCGGACUCUGGCUGAACAGAAUCUUCAGCUUCAGCCCACGCUGGACCAGCAAAAGAAUGAGCUCACCAAACGAUACCGGGAGCUGCGGGACGCAUUUGAAGCUUUUCAGCUCCGCAAGUCUACCUUAGACCAGAGCCCAGGAAAUGGCUCUCUCGACACCCUACUGGCUCUGUUGCAGACUGAGGGGGCCAAGAUUGAAGAAGAGACAGAGAACAUGGCUGACUCGUUUUUGGACGGUGACCUGCCUCUGGACACCUUCAUCGACACCUACCAGAGCAAGAGGAGGCUGGCACACCUGCGCCGAGUGAAGAUCGAAAAGCUGCAGGAGAUGGUUAUAAAAGGCCCGCUAAUUCCCCAAGCUGCCCCCACCGCCACCCCUCUUUCCAACCUCCCAGAAACCCCGGCUCCGCUUGCCGAGGCUGGAGGGCCCCCAACUCCCCUUCCCCGGAGGGCACCUCCGCUUCCUCCAGCUGUCCAAACUGUCCCAAUUCCAGCUCAAGUUCCAGCUCCUCAGCCCAUGGCAGUGCCCUACCCAGCGGUACCUUACCCAGGUGUCCCAUACCUGCCUGUCCCCCCCAGGAUGGGCAGACCCAUGCCAGGCCAAGUGCCGGGCCAAAUCCCAGGCUAUCCCAACCCCUUCCUCCCCCAGUAUCCACCUGGCCUUCCACAGAGGCCCCCACCUCGUAUGGCUCCACACCCAGGCUUUAUUGUGCAGUAAUUUGGUGGAUGGAGUUGGGAUCCAUUCUUGCCCCCCCCCCCCCGCCCCCCCACAAGCCCUAUCUCCAUUCAAGGUGCAAUACACCAACAUACGGGACUGUGUGCUCGUGUCUCUCUCAGUAACUAUUAGCAUGGACACCAACUUAAUGCAACUUAACCUUUUGGCAGGGAACUAGGCUUUUUAAUCCAGUCAGGCAGGGUGACUGAUCAUCUGUUUCUUAGUUUCAGAAUUUAUUUAAUGGUUACAUCUAGUCCAGAAAGUAACUCUUUACAUAAAUCACAUUCGUAGUAAGGUUUUCUGGCUUGUUCACUGUGUGGUGAAGUUUUUUUUAUUUUUAUUUUUUUUUUGUUUUAUGUUCUCUGCGUGGAAUAUUGAACAAGCAUUAAUGUAGCUCUGCAGACUGGAGAUUCAGCAAAUAUCAGGACUCAUAGACAUGGUACAUAUGCAAAAAAAAUACUGACAACUACUGUUUUCCAAAAAUCCAACUUUAACUUUUUAUUGGAAGCAUUAUAUUGGUGGGUAGUCAAAACAUCAGGUUUGUUGCAGCCUGCAACCAAAGAUGUGUUAAUUCUCUCCUCGUUCUGUACUUCUGUUAUGUUUAUGUAUAUAGAGUAGGAAUACUACAUAGAGAUCCUUCUAGAUAAAUAAAAUCUUGGUUUUAUAGUUGUUGGGAGAUAGGAAUUACUGCUAUAUUUAUGAAAAUUCACUCCACGUCCCCCAAACGUAAUGCGGAUAAUGACAUUAAACGUGUCCCUGAGUUGUUAAAUUAUCUGUCAUCUGGCCUGUCAAAAUGGCAUCUGAGAUGUUGUUAGUCUUCCAUUAUUGGGCUGUUUGCUGGGGAUUGCUCUGGAAGCCCUCCUGACUAGUGUCAUUUAUUUGCUGGCACUAUUCCACAAUUGCAAGAUUUUCGAAAGAUAAUGUUCUAUAUAUGUUGCAGUUUCAAAAUACUUCUAGAGACUAUCAUGGUAUUCCUGGAUACCUCCCAUUUGGCGACUGUGCCCCAGUCCCAGGUUCCACUUCAUUGCCUUACAGUGGUUGAUGUAAUGCACCCCACUCUUAGGAUGGACACCUGCUGUUACCUUAUGCAGGGAAGGAAGGGUUUAUUCGUAUCACAAAUCAAGCCUUGGAAGUUUCAUUAUUUGAGCUGCGAUUAUUUUUUGUGUGUGUGUGUGUGUAUAAGGUAUUUAGGCUUAUAUCGAACUUAGGAAAUUGCACUUUGUUAACAUGUUGAUAAACCAUUUAUUUCUUUCGCUGUUCAUUUUCGGUUCAGUCAUAGGGGAAAACUCGUUUUGCGUAGAACAGGAGGUGCAAGAUUUACUGGGUAAACAUUCUGCCAUUUUCUCCUUGUUUAAGGUCAGACUGUUAGUCUGUUUUUGACCACAAACGCUUUUGUUUCCACCCGCCUGUUAGUUGCCACUUCAUAGACCCAGACCCAAACUCAGGGCAGUCAUAUAAGAACCUCUGUAAGCCUUAUUAGAGAUGUUAUCUUUGUUGCAAGCACACUGCUGACCAGUGGCGUGCAUACAAGUCUACAGCUUCAGUGCCCUGGUCACUUUCUGCCAUCUUUCCUGGUUUUUGUUGGUCAGAUGUGUUUCUUUACUGUUCAGCUGGUUUCUGUUCCCUUUAUUCUGUGCUGAAGUGGUAUGAAUAAUGAAUCUAACUGGAGAAAGAAUGGUACAUUCAGAAAUGGGGGGAAAUAACAUUUUGCCAUGUAAUACAAAGUAAUGCAUUAAUGACAGCCAAACUAAAAAUGUAGUACCACAGAUAUAGCUUUUUUUGUGUUUUGAUGUUAAUUUUCUCGUGUUCCUUACACAAUUAUUACAAUCCUAUUAUUUUAUUAUAUAAACCCUUAUGUAUUGUAAACAGUCUCUGACACUCCUGUAAAAUAUGUUGAUCAGUAAUUCUGUAUUGUAUAACUAAGGAAAGAUGUAGUAAACUCCUCCAGAAGUUACUUCUAUUUUUAAACCUUAAUCAAUAAAAUAGUUUUUAUACUUGA